AUGUCUUCGAUGAUCACCACGACCUCAUGGGUGCGGCGAGGAGUCGCUGCCCAAUUCCCCACCAAGUAUGAGAUUGACGAGGAAGAGAUGAGCCGUAUAUCUAAGCUUGCGCGCACGCAGCUUGAGGAUGCUAAGGGCGAUCUGAGUGCGGCUCAGGAUGGGAAAAUGGACGAGGGCGAAGAUGACACAGCAAUGGAUGAAGACAAUGAUGAUAAAACUUCGGGAGCUGGACCAGAUGCUAUGGAGGACGAGGGCGAGAACAAGACCUCGAAGAAUGGUACGAAUUCAAAGGAGAACAACGACGAUGAUGUCUUGAAAGAAUUCGAUCUCGACCAUUACGACAGCGACGAGGUGGACGAGGACGGCGAGAAAGUCACUAUGUUCGGCAAUGUGCGAUCUCUGGCAUACCACCAGCCUAACGAGGAGGACCCGUACCUGGUGAUGCCCGAGGAGGAUGAGGAUGAGGAGCGAGAGGAACUCCAGAUCAUGCCCACGGACAACCUGCUUUUGGCGGGUAAGGUCGAGGAUGAGGUGGCUCACCUGGAAGUCUACGUCUACGAGGACCAGGCCGACAAUCUCUACGUUCAUCACGAUAUUAUGCUGCCAGGCAUUCCUCUGUGUCUGGAGUGGCUCGAUAUCCCCGUGGGCAAGAACACCGAGGAGCGGUCACAAGGCAACUUCGUGGCGGUGGGUACAAUGGAACCGGAUAUCGAGAUCUGGGAUCUGGAUGUCGUGGACUGCAUGUACCCCAACGCAAUCCUGGGACAGGGUGGCCAAGACCACGGCGAUUCCAAGAAGAAGCAGAAGAAGAAGAAGACCAAGGCCAACGACGAAUACCACAUCGACUCGGUUCUGGCCCUGGCAGCCAACCGACAGCACCGCAACCUGCUGGCGUCGGCCUCCGCCGACCGCACCGUCAAGCUCUGGGACCUCAACACAACCAGCUGCGCCAAGUCCUACUCGCACCACACCGACAAGGUGUGUUCCCUCGACUGGCACCCGAAGGAGUCGACCAUCCUGCUGAGCGGUAGCUACGACCGCACCGUGGUAGCCGCCGAUAUGCGGUCCCCAGAUACCCAAGCGCGCUGGGGCGUCGACACCGACGUGGAGAAUGUGCGCUGGGACCCGCACGACCCGAACUACUUCUACGUCACGACUGACGGCGGAAUGGUGUACCGCUACGACGUGCGCAACGUGCCCGCCUCCACCGCGGAAUCCAAGCCGGUCUGGUCGCUGCAAGCGCACGACUCCACGGUGUCGUCCUUCGACAUUAACAAUUCCAUUCCGGGAUUCCUGGUGACCGGCUCAACAGACAAGCAGGUCAAGCUGUGGAACAUCGAAAACGAAAAGCCCAGCCUGGUCGUCUCGCGCAAGCUGGAGGUUGGCAAGGUCUUCUCGACUAGCUUCGCGCCCGACCCUGAGGUUGGUUUCCGUCUGGCUGUCGCCGGCAGCAAGGGUGUUGUCCAGGUUUGGGAUGCUUCUACAAACGGUGCUGUGCGCCGCACUUUCGUCUCGCGUAUGCCGGACCUGGCUGGUGACGUGCCGGAGCGGACUGUUGGCGUCGAGGCUGACGAUGAGGAUUCGGAUGAUGAAGGCGGCGAGGUGGCUGGCGCGGAGGCGCAGGGGCCCGAUGGCUGGGAAUCGAUGGAUGAGGAUUAG